UCGCAAUCUGGAAUAUCACUCACGUCUGGACACUGAACGAGCCAAGAAUGGAAAUUAUUAUAAAUUUUCUGCAAAGCAUUGCCCCAUUCUUUGUGGCACAUGGAAUUGUUGGAAUUAUUGCAUUAUGCGUGAGGCUAUACAUGCAGGGGGAAAAGUUCAAGAAGUGCUCGGAUGAGACAGGCAAAGUGGCAAUUGUGACUGGCGGAAAUACGGGUCUCGGCAGAGAGACUGUGCGUGAGCUCGCGCGAAGAGGAGCUACAGUGUACAUGGCAUGUCGAGACAGGGAUAAAGGGGAAAAAGCUCGCAAGGAGAUCGUGAAGGAAACGAAGAACUCAAACGUUUUCUCUCGGGAAUGUGACUUGUCCUCUUUGGAUUCCGUUCGGAACUUUGUCGAUGGUUUCAAGAAGGAGCAAGAUAAGCUGCAUAUCCUGAUCAACAAUGCCGGUGUCUUCUGGGAGCCGCGUAGUCUCACCAAAGAAGGCUUCGAAAUGCACUUGGGAGUCAAUCAUAUCGGUCACUUUCUUCUCACCCACCUGUUGCUGGAUUUACUGAAGCAGUCGGCACCUAGUCGCAUCGUAGUCGUUUCUAGCAAGGCGCACGAGCGGGGCCGUAUCCAAGUGGAUGACAUUAACAGCAAGCAGUCCUACGACGAAGGAACAGCCUACUGCCAGAGCAAACUGGCGAACAUACUCUUCACUCGGGAGCUUGCGAGACGUCUCGAGGGCACCGCAGUAACAGUUAAUGCUCUGAAUCCAGGCAUAGCAGACACGGAAAUAGCGAGGAAUAUGAUAUUCUUUCGAACAAAGUUGGCCCAGUAUGUAGUAGAGACCAUUCUCAGGCCACUGCUUUGGUCUCUCAUGAAGUCUCCUCGAAACGGUGCCCAGACAACACUCUUUGCAGCUUUGGAUUCCGACCUGGAUCACGUGUCGGGUCAGUACUUCAGCGACUGCAGGCCGAAAGAAUUAGCUCCUGCUGCCAAAGAUGAUGAUAUGGCCAGGUGGUUGUGGUCACAGUCCGAGAAAUGGACGGGUAUUGGACUUUGAAUUGGGCUGGGGGUAUUUUUAAGUAUGAGCUGCAAUUUUCUUUAUAAAUCAAAUUUGGAACGUCUCGCGACAAUAGAUAAUUUGAUUUUGGCCAAACCAUAUCACA